AUGUUAAGAAUUUUCCAUUCAAUGAAGGGAGCAACGAAACACUCUGAUGGUCAAAACGAGUCUUCUUCUUCUGGUCUGUCAAGUGAAGUAAUUUUCAAAAAAGAUAUCCCACCUAUUAAACGAAGACAUUCACUGGUUCUACCCUUUCCCGAGACUUGGUUCAAAGAUAAUGACAAUACUAUUGAAAUCAAAGAAGAUAGCUUUGAUCCUUAUGAUCGUCCUAGUUUGAGAAGAAGUAAAAGUAUUGCUUGCUUAUCAUCGAGUGUACGUCCCAAUGAUAUUAAGAGGAAAAGAUCAUUUAAAUCCGUUCAUUUUGAGAACCAUGAAGUGGAAGCAAAACCUAAAUUCUCCACAGACACUAUAUUGGAUCUGCUUGAGAAUGAGAAUAUGGAUACUGAAGUGCGUAAUGGCAGUAAGUUAAUGUCAAUGGGUGAAAUUUCACCUCAAAAAUCCAUCACAUCUGUUUAUUCUGAUUCAUCCAACCAUUUACCCACACUUCAGUUCCUGUCAAGAAAGGAAUACCGAGCGUUUGAAAAUAGCCCACAGCGAGGUUAUUCCGAGUUGCUAAAUGAGACAGAUUAUGAUACUUCAAAUGAUAAUAUCAACGAUGAAGAUGAAGUCAUUGGAAAGGAUAUUCUUGCUGAGAAGAACUUAUCCCAACAAGAAAACACUCUCGCAAAAUAUUAUCAUUAUAAUGAUUCUGAAAAGCCACAAGGAGAAAUCAUUAUUCCUAAGAAGAUUUUCAAUGAAAUAUAUGCCAAUAUUGCUUCAAUUAAUUUGAUGAAGUCUCCAAUAUCAAAUGAUACUUCAAUUCAACUUUCAUACUUAAAAAUGGCAACAGGUAAAAUUUCUGAAGUGGCUGCAAAAAAUGCUCACGAUCUUGAAAAAUUAGAAUUUGAGAACCAACAGUUGCACAUUAAAUUAAAUGAGAACAGCACAUUUGAACAUAUUGCCAACAACAUUGCAGACUUAGAUCUACUCGAAAAUAUAGUGGAAAAAAACAUUGAAACUAUAAAGGGAAAAAUAAUUGAAUUAUCUGAUAAACUGGAUUCGAUUUACCCUAGAAUAGUCGACCUCGAGAAAGAAUUGAAAGAUUUAGAGUCAAAUUUAAGUAUGAAAUCUGAAUCAGACAAACAAUUGUUUGGAAUCCUAAAUGAUUUCAAAAUACCUUAUAAUGUUCUACCUGAUGCAAUAAGAAAGAUAUUGGAAGAGAAUGAAAGAUUAAAGAUAGAAUUAAAGAAUUCUCAAUGUUUUAAGAAUGAGAAAGUUAUUGAUAAUUUACUCUUUGAGAACAACGAACUUAAGUUAAUAAACAAGGAGUUGAAUCAAAAGGUAGAUAGUGGGAUGACGUCAAGUGUGACAAGAGAAAGGAAUCUAAAUGCCACAAUAUCAGAAUUGAGAGAUUCAUUAUAUGGGAAGGCAAAGCAUACAAGUCAAUUAGAAGCAAAAUCAAGAGCAUUAGAAUCAGAAAAUAUCACUAUAAAGGCAAAUCUAUGCAAAUGUAUCGAACAAAUGGAAGAAGCUGAUAAACAAAUGAAAAGAGAAAUCAAAACUGGUAAUGAUAUGCAAAUUGAGAAUUCUAAACUUGAAGCUAAGUGUAAGAAAAGUGAAGAAUGGGCAAUUUAUUGUGAAACGAAAAUGAAUUUUCAAUUAGAUGAAUUCAAGGGAGAGAUCGAAGUAUUAGAAUCUAAGAUAUUAAGUUUAGAAAUGGAAAAGAGAGAGAAAUCUGAAGCAAUAGAUAAAUUGGAAAGGAAAUUAAAAGGGAUACAGAAGGAAAUUAAACAAGCUAACUUAUUAUCUGAGAAGACAUUGAAAGCAUAUGAGAUAUGUAAAGAAUCCAAUGAAAUAUCCAUAUUCAACUUGAAGAAACUAAUUGGUGCAUGUUCUGAGAAUCUAUCAACGUUUUUACAACCGGAGAGCAAGAGAAAGUUAACCUCAAUGUAUUCAGAAAUUAUAUCUUGUAAAGUUUUCAGUGAAGAGAAUCAAAAAACUCUUUCACAAGCGAUUUAUUUUUUACAAAGAUCCAUAUAUCAUCUUGUUCAACUGUUUGAAGCAAAUGAGCAAAUGCUAGUCGAAGAAAUAGAGAAUAGGAAUGUUAAAUACCAAAAUAUGUUAAGGAAAUUAACAAGAGUAAUGGAGAAAAGAGUGAGAGCUAUGCGGCAGUGA